UGUGGGGCUGUGUGAGGGGCUGUGUGUGGGGCUGUGUGUGUGUGUGUGGGAACUGCACAACACCCCUUGGAGGAGAGCAGAGGAAAAAGAAAAAGGCUUUGAAAGGACGUGAGCAUCAGUCAGUGAGUGAGUGAGUGAGUGAGUGAGCCAUCCCUGUGCGGAGUGGUGGCCCCCUCGGGCUCCCAGGAUGUUUGGUCCCUCUCCGGGGUGCAGGUGGUGCCGGUGUCCGGGCUGCCGGGCGGGCAGUGCGGGUGUGUUCGGGAUUACUGUCGGGAUGAGCCGGUUCCCGCUCUCCCUGUACCUGUGUCUGUGUCUGACUGCCAUCGCUUCAGUCGGGGGUCAAAGCUGUGGCAGCACACUGCGUGGACCUAAUGGAACUAUAGACAGCCCAGGGUUUCCUUAUGGGUAUCCAAACUAUGCCAACUGUACCUGGACGGUCAUCACAGAAGACCAGAACCGAAUACAACUGGCAUUCCAGGCGUUUGCACUCGAGGAAGAUUUUGAUGUGUUAUCCAUUUACGAUGGUCGAAUACACCAAGGCAAUUUAAGGACAAGGUUGACGGGAUUUCAAGUGCCUCCCCCGGUGGUGAGCUCGGGCUCUGUGGUCAGUCUGUGGCUGACCAGUGACUAUGCAGUCAGCGCCCAAGGUUUCAGAGCAGUGUACGAGGUGUUGCCGAGCCACACCUGCGGAAACCCCGGCAAGUUACAGAAUGGACUGCAACAGGGGACAACCUUCAACGUGGGGGACAAAAUCCGUUUCAGCUGCAACACGGGCUACUUCCUGGAGGGCCAUGCGGUGCUGACCUGUCUAGCCAGCUCGGAGAACAGUGCCUCCUGGGAUUUCCCCCUCCCGUUCUGCAGAGCGAAUGACGAGUGUGGCGGGACCCUGCGAGGCCAGAGCGGAGUGAUCUCAAGUCCCAAUUUCCCUUCCGAAUACGACAAUAACGCAGACUGUACCUGGACUAUACUGGCCGAGCCUGGUGACACCAUCGCGCUGGUCUUCACAGACUUCCAACUGGAAGAUGGAUACGACUUUAUAGAGGUCAGCGGGGCAGAAGCUUCAUCAACAUGGUUGACUGGAAUGAAUCUGCCAUCUCCCGUCAUCAGCAGUAAAAACUGGUUACGGCUCCAUUUCACGUCCGAUAGUAAUCACAAGCAGAAAGGUUUUAACGCUCAGUACCAAGUGAAAAAGCUGACUGAACUGAAGUCCAGAGGAGUCAAGUUACUUCCCAGCAAAGAUAAUCAGAAGACAUCAGUCUUAACUCAAGCGGGUGUGGCACAGGGAUACAACAUGUGUCCGGAUCCAGGGAUUCCUGAACGGGGGAAACGGAUGGGUUCCAAUUUCAGACUGGGAUCCAGUGUGCAGUUCUCAUGUGACGACAGUUACGAGCUGCAAGGCUCCAAAAGCAUCACAUGCAUGAGAGUGACUGACAUGUUCGCCGCAUGGAGUGAUCACAGGCCAUUCUGCCGAGCUCGAGUGUGUGGGGCUCACCUUCAGGGACCCAGCGGAGUCAUCUCAUCCCCCAAUUUCCCAGUUCAAUACGAUAGCGACGCUCACUGUGUGUGGGUCAUCACCGCCUCGGAUCCCAGCAAGGUCAUCAAGUUGACCUUUGAUGAUUUUGAGUUGGAGCGAGGCUACGACACACUGACAGUGGGCGAUGGUGGGCAACCGGGAGAACCCAAAACAGUGCUUCAUGUUUUGACAGGGACAAGUGUUCCCGACCUGAUCGUCAGCGUGAGCAACCAGCUGUGGGUGGAGUUCCAGACUGAUGAGACCAAAAGCUUGCUGGGCUUCAGAGCCACGUACCAAGAGAUCGAGCAGGGAACGUGUGGAGAUCCCGGCACGCCGGUGUACGGGAAGCGAGAGGGCAGUCGAUUCCUGCACGGCGACACGCUGAGGUUCGAGUGUCUGCCGGCCUUCGAGCUCGUGGGGCAAAAAUCCAUCACUUGUCAGAAGAACAACCAGUGGUCCGCAAAGAAACCCAGCUGUGUGUUCUCCUGUUUCUUCAACUUCACGACUCCAUCGGGAGUGCUGCUGUCUCCCAACUACCCGGAGGAGUACGGUAACCACAUGCACUGUGUGUGGCUGAUUAUAGCCAAAUCAGAGAGCCGAAUUCACCUGGCGUUCAAUGACUUUGACGUAGAGCCGCAGUUUGACUUUGUCUCUGUCAAGGAUGGGCUGAAUCCCGAGUCUCCUGUCCUGGGAACUUAUUCCGGGAGCAAGGUUCCCUCUCCUCUGACCAGCAGCGGGCACGUGGCUCGGUUAGAGUUCCUGACAGAUCAUUCCACAGCCGCCCGAGGCUUCAACAUUACCUUCACAACUUUCAGACACAAUGAAUGCCCUGACCCCGGGGUGCCUGUGAACGGCAGACGCUUCGGGACGAGUCUCCAGCUGGGAAGCACUGUGUCCUUUCUCUGCGAGGAAGGAUUUAUCAAGACUCACGGAUCGGAGACCAUCUCGUGUGUCCUGAAAGACGGAAAUGUGGUGUGGAACAACGCUGUGCCUCGAUGUGAAGCACCAUGCGGGGGUCACCUGACUACUCAGAACGGGGUCAUCCUGUCCCCGGGCUGGCCGGGGUUUUAUAAGGAUUCCCUGAACUGCGCAUGGGUGAUUGAGGCCCAGCCUGGAUACCCUGUGAAGAUCAUCUUUGACAGGUUCAAAACGGAAGUGAAUUACGACACUCUGGAGGUCAGAGACGGCAAGUUCUAUUCCUCGCCUCUGAUCGGGGUCUAUCACGGGACACAGGUGCCCCAGUUUUUGAUGAGCAGCACCAAUUACCUUUACCUCCUCUUCUCCACUGACAAAAGCCAUUCCGAUGUCGGAUUUCAGAUCCACUUCGAGAGUGUGAAGCUACAAUCCGACUCCUGUUUGGACCCGGGAAUUCCGGUGAAUGGCCAGCGCAAUGGAAACCUUUUCUUCGUGAGCUCCUCGGUCACCUUCGGUUGCGAUCCAGGAUAUACCUUAAGUGACGAUGAGGCUCUUGUCUGUGAACCCAACUACCAAUGGAGCCGCCCUUUGCCUAGCUGUGAAGCUCUGUGUGGCGGCUACAUCCAUGGGUCAACUGGUACAAUCCUGUCUCCUGGUUUUCCCGAUUUUUAUCGAAAUUCCUUGAAUUGCACCUGGACAAUAGAGACUUCACACGGCAAAGGAGCCCAGUUCACAUUCCAUACUUUUCACCUGGAGAGCCCUCACGACUAUUUACUGCUCACUGAGAAUGGAAGCUUUAGCCAGCCUCUGAAAAGACUCACGGGAUCUAACUUACCACCUUUGGUCAGCGCUGGUCUCUUCGGGAAUUAUUCUGCACAGAUCCGAUUUAUUUCAGACUUCUCCAUGUCAUACGAGGGAUUCAACAUAACGUUUACAGAAUACGAUCUGGAGCCGUGCGAUGACCCGGGUAUUCCAGCCUACAGCAGCCGGAGCGGCCUCCGUUUCAGAGUGGGGGACACCCUGAGCUUCUCGUGUUUCCCCGGAUACAGACUAGAGGGCGUGUCCAGGAUUACCUGCCUUGGAGGUAGACGGCGUGUGUGGAGUUCGCCUCUUCCAAGGUGUGUUGCUGAAUGUGGGGCCUCGGUGACGGGAAACGAAGGGAUCCUGCUGUCACCCAACUACCCAGCCAACUACAGCAACAACCAUGAGUGUAUCUACUUCAUUCACACUCAACCGGGCAAAGGCAUCCAGCUCAAAACCAGGACCUUCAAUCUGCAGCAGGGAGAUAUUCUGAAGAUUUUUGAUGGGAAAGACAGCUCCUCUCGGUUGCUGGGAACAUUCAGUGGAUCAGACAUGUUGCACGUCACCUUGAACAGCACCUCCAGCAGCCUGUGGCUGGAGUUUAUUACAAACGCUGGAAACACAAGCAAGGGAUUUGAGCUACUCUUUUCCAGUUUUGAGCUGAUAAGGUGCGAGGACCCUGGGAUGCCGCAGUUUGGCUACAAGAUUCGGGAUGAGGGUCACUUUGCGGGAACGGGUGUUGUGUUCGGCUGUGAUCCCGGCUACACUCUGCACGGUGGCUCCACUCUGACGUGUCUGACUGGAGAUCGCAGAGCCUGGGACAACGGGCUGCCUUCCUGCGUAGCUGAAUGCGGGGGUCGUAUCAUCGGGGAAUCUUCCGGAAGGAUUCUAUCACCUGGAUACCCAGCGCCGUAUGAACACAAUCUACACUGCACCUGGGCUAUAGACGCAGCUCCUGGCAGCACGAUAAGCCUUCACUUCAUUGUUUUCCACACCGAAGCCAUCCACGACGUGCUGAAGCUGUGGGACGGGGCUGUGGAGAGCGGAAUUCUGCUGAAAGAGCUGAGUGGCUCCGUGCUCCCUCCCGACGUCCACAGCACCUUCAACUCCAUCAGCCUCCAGUUCAACACCGACUUCUUCACCAGCAAACAAGGCUUUGCCAUUCAGUUCUCAGUUUCCACAGCCACCUCGUGUAACGACCCCGGGGUCCCUCAGAACGGCAGCCGGAGUGGAGAGAGCAGGGAGCCGGGCGACGCGGUGACCUUCCAGUGCGACCCUGGCUAUGCAUUACAGGGCCACGCGACCAUCACCUGCUCUCAGAUCGACAACAGAUUCUUCUGGUCGCCCGACCCGCCCACGUGCAAAGCUCCUUGUGGAGGGAACCUGACGGGUCCCACAGGCAUCAUUUUAUCCCCAUAUUACCCAGAGCCCUACCCCCAUGGUAAGGAGUGUGACUGGAGACUGACGGUAGCUCCUGACUAUGUCAUCGCUCUCACAUUCCACAGUUUCAACGUGGAGCCCGGCUACGACUUUCUCCACAUCUACGAUGGGGCCAACUCGCUGAGCUCUCUGAUUGGCAGCUUUCAAGGCUCACAGUUACCAGAGAGAAUCGAGAGCACAAGCAAUAACCUGUUCCUGGCUUUCCGGAGCGACGCCUCAGUCAGCCUGACUGGCUUUGAGCUUGAAUACACAGAGAAUCCCCGAGAAUCCUGCUUUGACCCGGGGACUGUGAAGAAUGGCACGAGGGUGGGCACCGACCUGAAGCUCGGAUCCACAGUCACAUUCUACUGCGACAAUGGUUACGAGAUUGUGGGCUAUUCCACCCUAACCUGUAUCAUGGGGAGAGAUGGGAAGCCUAUCUGGAACAAGUUUCUGCCAUCUUGUACCGCACCAUGUGGGGGUCAGUACGUCGGGUCAGAAGGCGUUGUUCUGUCUCCAAAUUAUCCUCAGAACUACACCGGUGGGCAGACCUGCUUGUACUCCAUCAUUGUAUCGAAGGAUUACGUGGUGUUUGGACAGUUUGCAUAUUUCCAAACUGCGUUGAACGAUGUUGUAGACGUCCACGAUGGCCCAAACCAGCAAUCCCGUCUCCUCAGCUCACUUUCCGGUUCCCAUACAGGUGAAUCGUUGCCCUUGGCGACCUCCAGUCAAGUUCUCAUUAAAUUCAGCGCCAAGAGUGAAGCUACAGCCAAAGGGUUUCAUUUUAUUUAUCAAGCUGUUCCACGGACAAGUUCCACCCAGUGCAGCUCAAUCCCGGAACCGCGGUUCGGGAGAAGACUCGGCAACGACUUUGCCGUUGGAUCCAUUGUGCGGUUUGAGUGCAGCCCUGGUUACGCCCUUCAAGGCUCCAGGAACAUUGAGUGUCUUGCCGUGCCGGAUGCCUUGGCACAGUGGAACGACUCUGCCCCGACCUGCUUAGUGCCUUGUGGAGGAAAUCUGACUGAACGAAAGGGCACGAUUCUCUCUCCUGGUUUCCCCGAGCCUUACCAGAACAGCCUGAAUUGUCUCUGGAAAAUCACAGUGCCCGAAGGGGCUGGGAUCCAGAUUCAGGUCAUCAGCUUUGCCACAGAACACAACUGGGACUCGCUGGAGGUGUUUGACGGCGGAGACAUUACGGCAACGAUGCUAGGCAGCUUUUCAGGUACCACAGUGCCAGCCCUGCUGAACAGCAGCUCCAACCAGCUCUACUUGCACUUUUACUCUGACAUCAGUGUCUCGGCAGCUGGGUUUCACUUGGAGUACAAAACUGUGGGGUUGACCAGCUGUCCAGAACCAUCAAUCCCGUCCAAUGGCCUGAAGGGCGGAGAGAGAUAUUUGGUCAAUGAUGUUGUGUCCUUUCGAUGUGAACCAGGUUAUGCACUGCAGGGACAUUCCCACAUUUCCUGCAUGCCCGGAACAGUCCGGCGAUGGAACUAUCCUCCACCUCUAUGCAUUGCACAGUGCGGAGGAACCUCCACUGAGAUCACCAAUGUGAUCCUGAGUCCUGGAUUCCCGGGAAACUAUCCCAGUAACGUGGAUUGCAUCUGGCGGAUUACACUGCCGGUUGGAUAUGGGGCUUAUAUCGAAUUUCUGAACUUUUCCACGGAGCCCAAUCAUGAUUUUACCGAGAUUCGCAAUGGACCCCACGACACCAGCUCUGUGAUAGGCCGGUUCAGCGGAGCAGAACUCCCACCAUCCCUGCUGUCCACAUCUCACGAGACAACCAUAUACUUUCACAGUGACCACUCUGAGAAUAAGCCAGGCUUCAAGCUGAUGUACCAAGCUUACGAACUGGACGAAUGUCCUGAUCCUCAGCCUUUUGCUAAUGGCUUUGUGACGGAGGCCGGUUACAAUGUGGGGCAGUCCAUUUCAUUCCAGUGCAUGCCGGGCUACCAGCUGAUCGGCCACUCAGUCCUCACCUGUCUGCAUGGAGUCGACCGAAACUGGGACCAUUCUAUACCGCGGUGUGAAGUUCCCUGCGGAGGCAACAUCACGACUUACAAUGGCACGGUUUACUCCCCUGACUUUCCCAACGAGUAUCCCAACUCACAGGACUGCACCUGGCUGGUGACCGUACCUGUCGGCUACGGAAUCCUCCUCAAUUUCACUCUGCUGCAGACGGAGCCUGGGAACGACUUCAUUACCAUAUGGGACGGAGCUCAGCAAACUGCGCCUCAGCUGGGGAUGUUCAGUGGGACGUCAACAAAGGAAUCCGCCUAUAGUUCUUCAAAUCAGAUCCUCAUCAAGUUCCACAGCGAUGUGGCCAACGGCGGCCUCUUCAUGUUAAACUUCUACGCCUAUCAACUGAAGAGCUGCCGGCCUCCAGUCUCUGUGCCAAACGCUGAGAUCUUCACUGAAGAUGAGCAGUUUGAAAUCGGUGAUAUCAUCAAGUACCAGUGUAUCCCAGGAUUUUUGCUGAUUGGAAAUGAGAUCUUGACCUGUCGGCUCGGGACACACCUGCAGUUUGAGGGUCCGCCCCCCUCUUGUGAAGCGCACUGCCCCAUGAACGAGAUCCACACGGAGUCCUCAGGGGUGAUCCUGAGCCAGGGUUUCCCCGGGAACUACCAGCAUUUCCAGACCUGCUCCUGGGUCAUCAAAGUGGAUUCCGGCCACAACAUCACCCUCUUCAUCGAGUUCUUCCAGAGUGAGAGGCAGUUUGAUGAGCUGGAGAUCUUCGAUGGCCCCACCAGCCAAAGCCCUCUGCUGAUCGCUCUGAGUGGCAACUAUACAUCUCCUCUGACCAUCGUUAGCUCUCGCAACAAGGUCUACCUUCGCUGGUCGUCAGACCACGCUACCAACCGGAGAGGCUUCAAGAUUCACUAUUCAGCGCCCUACUGCAGCCCCCCGAGCCCGGCCAGACACGGCUCCAUCCACAGCCAGACCGGGGGUCACCCAGGCAGCACUGUGCGGUUCAGCUGUGACCCCGGCUAUCGGCUGAUCGGUCAGGGUGUGGCCACCUGUACACGAUUACCCCAGGGCUGGUACAAGUGGAACACCAUCCCCCCACUCUGUCAAGCCAUUUCCUGCGGCGUUCCCAAGGCCCCCGGGAACGGAACAGUGUUUGGCCGGGAAUACACGAUGGGGACCAGAGCCAUCUAUCAGUGCAAUGUGGGAUUCCAAUUACAGUCCGGGGAGCAUUCAACAUCCGCCUGCCAGGAGAAUGGGAAAUGGAGCAACAAUAACCGCCCUCCGCUGUGUGUGGCGGUGGUCUGCCCAGAUCUCGGCAACAUCCCUGUAGAACAUGGGAGAUGGAAGCUGCUCUAUGGAACCACAAAUCAAUACCAAGCUCAGGUGAUGGUCACCUGUGAGCCUGGGUAUCACCUGGAGGGCGCCCGGCUCCUUCAGUGCCUGGCCAAUUCAUCGUGGAGUGCAGAGGAGCACAAUCCCAGCUGUAAAAUCAUCUCGUGCGGUGAGCUCAUGUCCCCGCCGAACGGCAAUAAGAUCGGAACGUUAACGGUGUACGGCGCAACCGCCAUCUUCUCCUGCAACAGCGGAUACACAAUGGUGGGAUCGCGAGUGCGGGAAUGCCAGGACAAUGGGCUGUGGAGUGGAGUGGAGGUCAGGUGCCUGGCUGGGCACUGUGGCAUGCCAAAGUCCAUUGUCAACGGACAGAUAAUUGGUGAAAACUUCAACUACCGCGGCACGGUGGUGUACCAGUGUAAUCCAGGCUUCCGCCUGAUCGGCACCUCAGUACGAAUUUGCCAACAAGAUCACAAGUGGUCAGGCCGGUCCCCUGUGUGUGUGUCUAUCACUUGUGGUCACCCUGGCAACCCAUCGAAUGGCAAGACACAAGGGAGCCAAUUCAACCUGAACGACGUGGUGAGCUUCACAUGUAUCAUGGGCUACACGCUGUACGGUGCUGUCAGGGCUCAAUGUCAAUCCAACGGGCAGUGGAGUAACUUGCUGCCAACAUGUAAAGUGGUUAAUUGUUCAGACCCCCUGCACAUUGAAAAUGGGGUUCGCAGAGUGCAGCUGAACAUUGCCCAGCGGUUUCGGUACGCCAGCAGUGUGUCGUAUGAAUGCAGCCCGGGCUAUUACCUGCUGGGCUCCAACGUGCUCACCUGUCAAGGCGAUGGUUCCUGGGACCGAUCUCUCCCACGGUGCCUUUUGGUGACCUGUGGUCAUCCCGGAGUCCCCCCCAAUGCAGAGAUGUCUGGCAAUCAGUACACAGCUGGCUCCACGGUCCGGUAUCACUGUAACAGGCGGAAUCUAAUCGGGAACAGCACGCGGAUGUGCCAGCUGGACGGACGUUGGAGUGGGUCACAGCCUCACUGUUCAGGUGACAGUCAUGGACUUUGCGGAGACCCAGGAAUCCCGGCACGUGGCAUUCGGCUGGGGGAGAAUUUCCGAGUGAAGAACGUGAUUCGAUUUACCUGUGAAGCUGGCUAUGCACUGCGCGGAUCACCAGAGCGGGUCUGUCAGCCCAAUAGCACCUGGAGCGGAAUCCAGCCAGAGUGUCAAGCCGUGUCCUGUGGGAACCCAGGAACCCCGCGCAACGCCCGGAUCCUGGUCAGCACCGGCUUGGUCUUCUCCAGCUCCAUCACCUACGCCUGCCGCCAGGGCUUCUACUCUCCGGGUUUGCUGACCAGACACUGCACCGUCAACGGCACAUGGACCAAUGCCCCUCCAGAAUGCAAAGUCAUUAAUUGUGGUGACCCUGGGUUACCAGCUAACGGGGUCAGACUGGGCGCUGACUUCAACUACAACAGCACGGUGGUCUUCCAGUGCUCGCCUGGCUUCACCAUGGACCCCAAGAGACAUUCCUCGCUCACCUGCACUAAAGAUCGAGUGUGGAACGGGAGCCGACCGAUCUGCAGACCUAUCACAUGUCAGUCUCCUCCCGAAAUCCUGAACGGAAUUGUGAUGGGAUCUGACUUCAGCUGGGGAAUGAGCAUCAGCUUCGUCUGCUCGGAGGGUUACCAGCUGUCACUGCCAGCUGUUCUCACCUGCGCAGGGAACGGCACCUGGACUGGGGAGAUCCCACAGUGCUUCCCUGUGUUCUGCGGAGACCCUGGGACUCCGGCUUAUGGGAGACGUGAAGACCGAGGAUUCACCUAUAAAUCGGUGAUCUUAUUCAGCUGUUCCACCCCGUUCGUAUUAGUGGGCUCGUCCAGAAGAUUUUGUCAGGCAGACGGUAUCUGGAGUGGAAUCCAACCAAGCUGUAUUGAUUCGACCCACACGACGUGCGUUGAUCCUGGCGUGCCCAGUUUCGGGUUGCAGAACAACUCCCAAGGCUAUCAGGUGGGAAGUACAGUGGGCUACAAGUGCCAGAAAGGUUAUCUUCUUCAAGGUUCAACCACACGCACGUGUCUUGCCAAUCUAACCUGGAAUGGCAUUCAGCCAGAAUGUACCCCACAUCACUGCCGGCAGCCAGAGAGCCCCCCACAUGUGAACGUUGGAUCGAUUGAUUUGCCGCCACUGGGCUACACUCUGCUAUACACCUGCCAGCCUGGCUUCUACCUCAGCGGAGGCUCUGAGCACAGGACCUGCAGGCCAGACGGGAGCUGGUCUGGAAAGCAGCCUGUGUGCUACGCGGACACGAGACCCAGCGGGAAACCUGCAGGAACAUCCAAGGAAAUAUCAAGUCCUAAACUUUUGGUGCCCGCUGAUGUCUUUGCUCAGAAAUCGCUGUGGAAAGGCUCGUAUGAAUACCUUGGGAAGAAGCAGCCAGUCAUGUUGACUGUUAACAGCUUUAACCUGUCCACUAGUAAUGUCAGAGCCACACUUCUGGAUCAGAGUGGUGUGGAACUGAGAUUGACGGGAUUUUACAAGAAGCAAGAACACCAUCUCCUCCUGGAACUUUAUCAGAUCCGAGGUCCGGUGGAAAUGUUUGUCCACAAGUUUAAAAAUGACAACUUGGCUCUGGAUGGAUAUGUCUCAGCGGAACCGACUGGUAAUACGUUUGUCUACCAGGGAUUCGUACAAGGCAAGGACUUCGGGCAAUUCAAUCUCCAGCGAAUCGAUCGGCAUUUGCUGGAGGCCGGCACUGACUCCAUUGGGCUCCGCUUGAGCACCAGCAGCAGCUCUGUGGCUGUCGCUAUCCUUGUACCUUUCUUUGCUCUGAUCACAGCUGGCUUCAUCUUAUAUCUCUACAAGCACAGUGAUGUUCGGGCUGAGGAGACGGAGUCUGUGCCACCCCCUGGGGGUUCCCUGACAGCAUCACCUCCACCACCAACCCCCGGUCAUGCCCCCCGCCCACACACUGCCUGGACCUGCAGAGGGAAAAGGCCCAAAGUCCCAUUUAACGGCUUCGCCGGUCACGAGAACACUAAUGGCCGAGCUACGUUCGAGAACCCGAUGUACGACCGAAACAUCCAACCGUCUGACAUCGUAUCAAACAAGAUCGAGGUGACCGUGAGCACUGUGUGCACAGCAGUAUAGCACUCACUCUGCAAAGACAUUGAAUGCUAAAGUCCUGAAGCACUUCAUCAGAUCCUAUUUAACCCCUGCUCUUCAAACAUGAAGUG